CUGAGAGACAAACAUUGUUCACCUACGUUCGCCUGCCGCGCGGCGGAGAAGUGCCUUCUCAAAAAACUUUGUACCGAUCUUCUCCAUAAUUCUUUAAACUGAUAUCGAUUUCUACCAGGGUGGAAUACAAUCGAAUUCACGCGACGUAAGCGCUGCCUCGAUCGUAGAAGGAGAAAAGCUUUGCGAUUUCACAGUCGCAAUAGAGAGGGGAUAAUUUUCGGAGAUGCCAUAUCAGUCAAGCAAGCAUCAACAAAGACUUGUUCACGGCCGUUGACACAUUCCAAGUCUUUCAAUCCACGCUGAUCGACUUGUCUUGAUAAUUCAGUGCAGGGCAGGAUAUAUUGGUUGCCCUAUACUACUGCUUGUGCAUUUUUCGAUCGGCGAAGAUGGAUCAGCCCCAACAACCAAAGCCCAAGAAGAUUACAAAGAGAAGAAUUAGUCUUCACAGCCGAAGUGAAUUGUUGAUAGAAGACAACGAUUUUUCGACAAAUCAUCAAGAUCAUCAAGAUCAUCAAAAUCAAACACAAGCAGUCUCUCACGAUGGACUUCGCGACGAGAAAACGACUCCUAUCGUUCACAAAGACAUUGAACUGCCGCAGAAAGCCAAUCUUGCGAGACCCGUCGAUUUGUUAUACCCAUCGUUCUUCAAGAAGAUGUUGUCCAAUAUUCAAUUUGCUCAUGAGUUCUUAGGUAUGUCGUAUUAUAAUGAAGAAGAAAACUCGGUCGAUCUGCCAGAUGGUCAGCAGCAGAGACGGGUCGUUUCGCAAGCUCAAUUAGAAAACCGUAUUCUGGCUUAUAGACUCCUGCAAGCUCUCCAACGGUCUAACCGAAUAAUCGAUACUUCGGCUGCUGUAAUGCCAAAACGAAACUUCGAGAAUCAUGGUAUACAGAGAAUGAGAUUUCCUAUUUUUUCGGAAAAAAAAUCCAAUUUUCCAAGGCACCGUGCGAUGGCUUCGGCUAAGACGCUGCGUGAGCGUUUCGGACUCGGAGUGACCUGGCCAACUUCUGUGGUUCUCAAUCAUUGCGAAAACCAAUUGAUUCUUCUGUUGGAAGACGGAAACGGCGAUACCGACAAACGUGAGUUCAUCCGCCAAACGAUAGUUACGAUCAAUCGGCAGCGACAGCUUCGAAGGCCUAUAUCGGAUAAAUCAAUUAUGGAACUUCUUGAUUUUGUAGAAAAGGAAGAAGCAGCAAGGACACAACGAGCAGCGGAGUUAUCUAUAAAGUUACAUAAUAGGUUACCUUAAAAGUCAUGCAUAAGUAUCGGUGAGGAUUUGAAAAAUAUUUAUUUUUUGUAAUAGAAGUAUUCUGUAGUAUAAGCGUGCCUUAUCAGCUAGCCUGUUGCUGUAAUUUUCGAGAAAUUUUGCAUUUUUAAUCAACGUACUUGACGUAUCUUUUAAUUGUAUAGUAGUUCUGUUAAGAAGAUUUUUUAGUGUGUACGUACAUGCUUGUGUAUUGUUAUAUUUUUAGUCUUUGUUGGAAUAACGUCGUUUCAUGUGAUUUCAUUAAUUGACAUCCGUAUGUGUUGUAAUUUCUUUUAAAUGGAUAACUUGUUAUAUAAAGAGCAAUUGUACACGUUAUAGAUUAAAAUUAUGUUUAAAUUAUAUGUAGAUGCUCAGCUAUUUUUAUUCCGAUUCAAUAAAAAAUAAUUUGUCAUGUUCACAAAUAUUAUAAUUUUAAUUAUAA